CAGACUCUUAGAGUUUGUCAGUGCAAUUCACACACUCUGUUGGAGAGGCUGCUAGCUUCAGGACUGUUCCUUUUUCUGGAAAUAAUUGACACCUAUCCCUUUCUGUGAUGUGAACAUUAGCUGGAUUCUCCCAUUCCAUCAAAACAACUCUCUGGCUGUGCCUACUUCGCCCCUGCUCUCCAGCCACCAGCAGGAUCAGACAAGCAGACUGAGUCACUAACUGAAUACACACCCGGAUCAGACAGGGCAGUGUGAUGGAGAUCUUCUCUGCUCUCCUACUACUCGGGCAAGUGAUGAUUCUACAAAUAUGAGAAGACCCUUUGGCAGUGCCCACUUCGCCGCCCACUUCCCUGCCAUCAGCAGGAUCAGACAAGCAGGAAACAGCAGACUGAGUCACUGACUGAAUACACACAUCGAUCAGACAGGGCACUGUGAUGGAGAUCUUCUCUGCUCUCUUACUGCUCGAGCAAGUGAUGAUUCUACAAAUACGAGAAGGUUCCUCAAUGGAGACUGGAGCACCUGUACUUACGAUGGAGCCAAUGUGGGACAGAUUCUUAACGGGCGACCGGAUCACUCUUAGCUGCGAUGGCGGUCGGGAGCUUCGUUCGACGACCUAUAACUGGAUCAUAAACGAAACUACCAAAGAGUUCAGGGAGAAGACUUACAUCAUUGAGUCUGUUACAAAGGAGGAUGUUGGGGAGUACAGAUGCCAAUAUUCCACAUCGGCACAUAAAACACCCUACAGUAACAGCAUUCUCGUGAGAGUAUCCUCUCCUGAUUCGCUUAUGAGUAUUGAAUCUGAGCCAGAAGCUCUGUGGUAUGCACAGACACUGAAGUUGAGUUGUCAAUUCACGUUCCGUAUGCAAGAGGAAUUCAUUUACACAUUUUAUCGGGAAGGCUCUGUUGUGGCUGAGAUCCGGACAAGAAAUAAAAGUGUUUCUUUUGAAAAGGAACGGGUUAUGUGUGAGGAUGCAGGACGGUAUCGAUGCCAAAUGCAGUUUGUUAAGUAUCCCAACGGUCCUGUAUACACGUCAGCUUACAAAUAUGUGGAUGUGCAAGAAAGUCCAGUGAUAUUGCAGGUGAAUCCCAGGCUGCAGAGAGCCGGUGAUUCCAUCAUACUGAAUUGUACCUGUGCCCAGGAUCACCUGUGUGGGAGAGGACAAAUUUCUUUCCACAGAAACGAAACCAUCGUAAGCUCUGAUUCUGAAUCUCACAAUAUCUAUCACAUCCAACAAGCGACCCUAAUGGAUUCAGGAUGGUACCGCUGCAUGGUUUCCCAGAACCUUUCGACAUUCAUGUCCCUCCGGGUGGAAGUCACUGUCCAGAAUCCCCCUAGGGAUUUUGCCUUGAUCAUCGGAGGUUCUGCUGUUGCUGCUGUUCUCCUCAUCACUUUCCUGCUUCUAUUCACUGUCUGCAGACUCCGUCAGAAAGAGGGAGUUCAGGACAUCGCCAAUUCCCAACCCAGCAGAGAUGUCAGUGGUUCCACUUCUGGUGAUAUUGUGUACUCUGCUGUUCAAGUGAACAGGGAAGAAAGAGAUCACAUCAGAGCAAGAAGAGAAUCAAGGGAAGCUGACAGUCACGUGACUUACGCGUCGUUAAUGCACCUUGAAAGGACAAGGGAUCAAGAUGUACGUGCCGGAAGGCAGGAAGAUAAUGGUUCGUCUAUCUACCAGAACAUUCGGAGGAGCUAGUCACAGAACUCUGCUGGUGAAGAUUAAAAGUUCCUUCAGGUGGUGGGCAUGAUUUCAUUUGCCAUCAUCAACUGAAGAAAAGAAUGGACCAAAUUAACACAGCACUCCAUGUCAGAGAAAUGGUGUCUGAUUUCUCUCUCACUCUUGAGCACGAGUGAGAGAGAGAGAGAGGACAGGUGUAAAUAUAACAAAAGCAUUUUUCAUUCAUACAUUCCUGCAUUGUAAAAAUUGUGAAUUCUUGUCCCAAAGGGAGGGGAGGGAGACAGACGAUAAAUUCCAGAAGUUGUUUACAGAAGAGGCUUGAGACAAUGUAACAUUUCAGCAAUGUCUGCUUUUGCAAGCUUGAUAUCUGAGAGGCACAAAUGUACAAAAACUGAAAUAGCUCAGUGACUGGCUUCUAGGUCAUAAUCAUAGAGAUGGUGCAGCACAGAAACAGAUCCUUCUAUCCAACUUGUCCAUAUUGACAAGUUAUCCUAAAU